AUGCUUUCCUACUAUCCAGGGUUGUCAGCAGAAAGGUUCAAUAAAAAGUUCCAGAUGAUUCUAGGAAGCUCAUCACCAAGAAGAUAUGAAAUACUGCACGAUGAGAUGGACUUCAGGGAUAUUGAAGUAAGGAAACCAAACUUUCCUGAAAAGCUUGAUAAAUCCAAGUAUAUUAAUAGGCCACUCGAAUAUGUAAAGGAUACUGCGGGCUUUAAGGCAGAGGAAAUGAUGGAGUAUCUUGAGAAAGAAGAGCAAAAACCGCCGAAAAAGGGCUUACCUAAUAAAAUUGAGAAAGUCGAUGAAAUUAAUAAAGUUAAAGUUGUUAUUUGUGCAGAUACAAUUGUUAUUGACCCAAACAAUAAGAUUUAUGAGAAACCAAUAACAGAAUCUGCUCAAUUAGAGAUGCUAGAGACCUUUUGUUAUAAAUUUGAUAAACCUAUAAGAGUAGCUACAGCUGUAAACAUUAUUAUAUGGGAGAAUUCUGAGAAAAAUAUGAAUAGUGCAUUCUGUAAAGUAACAGAGCUUCAUUUUGAUAAAAAUAUCCCAAAAACCCUUAUUGAGGAGUAUGUGAGGUCAGGAGCAGGUUUACAAGCUGCAGGGGGAUUUAAUAUACAAGAUUUAAAUGGAACAAUAAUAAAAAAAGUGCAAAGGGAUGAUGAUUAUUAUAAUGUUAUGGGUUUACCAAUACUCCCUACAUAUGAAAAAAUAUUUGUCUUAAUAAAACUCUUUUUCCAAAUGUAUCCAAUCGCGCAAGAUUGCAAACAAGAAGAUGACGAACGUUAUUGA